CCCCGAGGGGCGGCCGCCACCGAGCACCGCUUCUUCCGCCGGAGCGUCAUCUGCGACUCCAACGCCACGGCCUUGGAGCUGCCCAGCCUGCAGCCCGCAGCGCCCUCGGCCCCUGUCUCGGGAGGCAGCGCGGCUCCCUCGGUGUUCCCUGCCGAGGGCGCCGGCCGGACCCCUUACGCCCCUGUCAGCGCCGCCGAGGUCGACUCGCGGCCGCCGCCGGCCGCCCCGCUCCCCCUGGAAGGACAGACCGCUGAGGAGCCCCCGGCCAGCAAGGAUGCCGCCCCGCUGCUGCCCAAGGAGGAGGAGGAGGGAGAUGAGGCGACUGCGCUACCCCCUAGCAGUGCCGCUGGCAGCCUGUCAGCUGCCAGCCGGGAGUUUGAGGAGCGGAGAGCACAGCAGGAAGACAUCGAAGAGCUUGAGACCAAGGCAGUGGGCAUCUCCCCCGAUGGCCGCUUCCUGAAGUUUGACAUCGAGAUUGGAAGAGGCUCUUUCAAAACUGUCUAUAAAGGACUGGAUACUGAAACCACUGUGGAAGUUGCCUGGUGCGAGCUACAGGAUCGGAAGCUGUCCAAGUCGGAGCGACAAAGAUUUAAAGAGGAAGCUGGGAUGCUGAAAGGGCUUCAGCACCCCAAUAUUGUCAGGUUCUAUGAUUCCUGGGAGUCUACAGUCAAAGGAAAAAAGUGUAUUGUUCUUGUGACGGAGCUCAUGACGUCUGGAACAUUAAAAACGUAUUUGAAAAGAUUUAAAGUGAUGAAAAUUAAAGUACUACGAAGCUGGUGCCGUCAGAUAUUGAAAGGCUUACAAUUUCUACACACACGCACUCCUCCCAUCAUUCACAGAGACUUAAAAUGUGACAACAUCUUCAUUACUGGCCCCACUGGAUCAGUCAAGAUUGGAGACCUCGGCCUGGCAACCCUGAAACGAGCUUCUUUUGCCAAAAGUGUGAUAGGUACCCCAGAGUUCAUGGCCCCCGAGAUGUAUGAGGAGAAAUAUGAUGAGUCCGUUGAUGUAUAUGCUUUUGGGAUGUGUAUGCUAGAGAUGGCCACGUCUGAGUACCCUUAUUCCGAGUGCCAAAAUGCCGCGCAGAUCUACCGCCGAGUGACCAGUGGUGUCAAGCCAGCCAGCUUUGAUAAAGUAGCAAUCCCUGAAGUGAAGGAGAUUAUUGAGGGAUGCAUUCGGCAAAACAAGGGUGAAAGAUAUGCUAUUAAGGACCUUUUGAAUCAUGCUUUCUUCCAAGAAGAGACUGGAGUACGGGUAGAACUUGCAGAGGAAGAUGAUGGAGAAAAAAUCGCCAUUAAGCUCUGGCUGCGAAUUGAAGACAUCAAAAAACUCAAGGGCAAAUAUAAAGAUAAUGAGGCAAUAGAGUUUUCAUUUGAUUUGGAAAGAGAUGUCCCAGAGGAUGUAGCACAGGAAAUGGUGGAGUCUGGCUAUGUCUGUGAAGGGGAUCACAAGACAAUGGCGAAGGCUAUCAAGGACAGGGUCUCUUUGAUUAAGCGCAAGCGAGAGCAGCGCCAGUCGGUGCAAGAAGAACAGGAGAAUAUACUUCAGGAAGAAGGUAGUCAGAAGCAGCAGCUGGAGCAACAGCAGCCAUCAAGUGCUUCCCAUGCAGGGUCAAAGCAUCCCCAGUCCGUCACUGGUACUGCUCCUGUCCCCACUGCUUCAGCAUCGGUUUCUACACAAGUGGAGCCUGAAGAGCCGGAAGCUGAUCAACACCAACAGCUGCAGUUCCAGCAACCCAGUAUAUCUGUUCUUUCUGAUGGAACAGUUGACAGUGGCCAGGGGUCGUCUGUGUACACUGAAUCUGUGAGCAGUCAGCAGGCUGUGUCCUAUGGCUCCCAGCUUGAGCAGUCAGUCUCAAACACUGGAGUCCAGGGAUACCCAGCUUCAGUUGGCCAAGUGCAGUCCCAGCAGCACGGAGGAUACCAGCCACCUGCAGCGACACAGGUGCAAGGCCAGCCAGCCUCAAGCAAUGCAUCGGUGCCAUCCCAGCCCACUCAACACACUCAGCAGAGUGCACAGCAGCCAGCCUCUUCCCAACAGCCUGGACAAUACCAGCUGCAGCAGCCCUCAGUUUCUGCCAGCACUACUCCUGCACAAACUGUCUCUCAAACUCAAACUUCACAGAUCAUGCCAAUGCCUCAGGCAGCAGCUGGGACACAGCUUCCUGUUUCCCAACCAGUGUCGAUCAUCCAAGGCGAGCCUCAAUUACCUGUUGCAGCAUCUUCUCUCCCUCAGCCUUCAGUUGCCCCAUCAGUCCCCAUUGGCUCUCAUUUUCUCCCCGUGGGACAGGCCUUGCCAACUUCUGUGGUUCCCCAGUUCCCAGUGUCUCAGUUGCCUGUAGCAGCUCCUCAUGUGACAGUGGCUCAGCCAGGUUUCCAGUCAUUGCCCAUUUCAAUGGCAGCUGGCAUGAAUCAGCCACUGCUCACGCUGGCCACGUCUGCUGCGGCAGCUGCUGUUCCUGUAGGACCAAGCCUUGUCCCUAGCCAGCUCCCCACACUGAUGCAGCCUGUGGCUCAGCUGCCCAGCCAGGUUCUCCCACAGCUCCUGCAGCCGACUGUCCAGGCCGUGGGAUUGCCAGUCAGCAUUGGACAAGCUGCUGAAGCUUCACUUCCUGCUGGAGAUGCUCUUUACCAGGGCUUCCCAUCUCGGCUGGCACCGCAGUACCCAGGGGACUCGAACGUUGCACCUUCCUCAGCUGUGGCCUCUGCCAGCAUUCCUUCUGCUGUGCUGUCCCCUCCCUUGCCCACAGAUGCAAUGGCCCAGUCAGGCUACCUUGCUCCUGUUGUGCAGCCAUACGGGGAGCAGAAUGUUUUAGUUUCCAUGAGCAGCCUGGGAGGACAGGUUCAGGUGCCCCAGCCUCCUGUGAGUUUAGCACAACAGGCCUCAUCUGCCUCCUCACAGCAGGCAGUCGUGGAGCAGAAUGUCAUGCCAAUGUGGGGACCUUGUUGCCACUGGUUGUUCUGUUGGGAAGGUACUCAGGGAGUCUCACAGAAUGCUUCUUCAGAGACUCUUCCAGUGACACAGCCUGCUCAGUCUACCCCUUUGGCUUCUUCUAUGGAUAGUGCACAUUCUGAUGUUGCUUCAGGAUUGAGUGAUGGCAAUGAGAAUGUCCCAGCUUCUAGUGGCAGGCACGAGGGGAGGACAGCGAAACGUCACAUGCGCAGGUCUGUGCGCAGUCGCUCUCGCCACGAGAAGACUUCUAGGCCGAAACUGAGAAUUCUAAAUGUUUCAAACAAAGGUGAUCGGGUAGUGGAAUGCCAGCUAGAGACGCACAAUCGGAAAAUGGUUACUUUCAAAUUUGAUUUGGAUGGUGAUAACCCUGAGGAAAUAGCUACAAUUAUGGUGCAGAAUGAGUUUAUUUUAGCAACAGAGCGAGACUCAUUUGUAGAACAGGUACGAGAGAUUAUUGAGAAAGCAGAUGAGAUGCUAAGUGAGGAUGCAAGCGUGGAGCCAGAAGGGGAUCAGGGCUUGGAGAGUAUGAGGACAAAAGAUGAUGGCUUCUUCCCGGGGUCACAGAAAUUAGAGUUCAAACAGCCAGAUCCUACAUCUUCCAUGCCACAAAGAAUAGGGGUUCCCUCUAGCUCCUUUACCCAGGUUGUUCAUUCUGCGGGAAGACGGUUCAUUGUCAGCCCCGUCCCUGAAAGCCGACUGAAAGAACAGGGCUUUUUCACAUCUGCAGCUGCUGGAGGAAGCGAGACUUCAGAUAUGGUUGCAGCAUCUCCUGUUCACGGUCCUGGAAUGAAUCUCUCCCACUCAGCAUCAUCACUGAGCUUGCAGCAAGCUUUCUCUGAGAUGGGGCACGCUCAGAUGACAGAAGGACCUAGCACAGCUCCUCCAGUGUUCAACCAAACAAUCCCACCAUUUCCACCUGCGCUUUCCACCAUGGCGGGCAGCGGUGCAACUCCUGCAUCUGUGCCUACUUCUUCAGUAUCUGUUUCCUCCAGCACUGGUGUUUCUCUUCCAGGAUCUGUUACUUUGCCUUCAGAAAAUGCAGCUCUUGGAGCUGCACCAAGCACAAGUGUGCCAAGCUCUAUUUCUCCACCUCCAGCCUCCCAAUCUGGACAGCAAUCGACGGGUGUCGCUUCCAGCGUGAGCGCCCCUGCUUCUUUCUCCUUAUCUGCCACGUCCCAGCCUGCCCAACCAGUGACUGCAGACAUUGCUCCCAGUAUCAGCACACCCUCGUCCUCAGCACUGCCAUCUGCCCAGGUUCCUGGUGUCACUGCUUUCGGUGCUGCUGCACCAGCUGUGACAUCUCAGUCUACUCCACAGAUUGGGACUAGCAUGGCAGCACCACAGACGUCUGUUGCCCCGUCUCUGGCUCAGAACGUGGCUUUGCAGCUUCCCCAGCUCAGCAGCAGUGGCUCUGUAUCCAGUCUGGCAGAAACAACAGUUGUCAGCGCUCCACAGUCACUGCCUGAGAGUGGCAACUGUCUGGAUAAAUCACAUCCCUGCAAUGCAGCUGGCUUAUCUCUUCCAAUCUCUGCACCUUUAUCAUCCUCGAUUGCAUCGAGCAUAUGUGGUUCAGUCUCUCAGCCAGUGAUCCAUCCCUUACUUGUUCCAUCAGGAAUUACAUCAACACCUGUCCUACCCCAGAUUUCAGGUGCAACACCCAUGUUGCCCCAGGUUCCCUUACCUGGUGUCUUGCCACAACCAGUCACUAACUUGCCUGCAGUACAGCAGACUUUGAUCCACAGCCAGCCUCAACCAGCUCCAUUGCCCAACCAGCCUCACGUUCACUGUCUGGAGGCUGAUGCUGAUGCUCAGUCUAAAGCCCCUGGUAUUGAUGAUAUAAAGACCCUGGAAGAAAAGCUACGGUCUCUCUUCAGCGAGCACAGUAACGUGGGCACGGUGCAUCCAUCAGUGUCUCUGGAUACCUCUCUGGUGAUGGAAACAACAGUUGUUCCUGGCAUCCCAACCACUGCUGUUGCACCAACCAAACCCCUGACAUCCAUUAGCACUUGUAUACCUCCAAGCAGUUUGCCUCUUGGACCAACUGGCUUGCCGGUGGUGACUCCAGUUGCCACUCCUGGGCAGGUGAUCACCCCAGCCAGCUACGUGUCAGCCUCGAGCAGCGUUGCCACAGCAGCAGUGAAAGCAGGGACCUCUCCUUCCAAGCCCCCUCUCAGCAGGGUACCGGUGCUACCAAUAGGUUCUGACCUUCCGGCUGGCACUCCAUCCAGUGAGCAGCUGCCUCCUUUUCCAGGACCUUCACUAACUCAGUCCCAGCAGCCCCUGGAAGAUCUGGAUGCUCAACUGAGAAGAACCCUUAGUCCAGAGACUGUCCCAGUGACAUCUGCUCCUGCCUGUUCUGUGCCCUCAGUAGCAUCAACAACGGUUACUGGGCCGGUGUCCACAGCAACACAGUCUCUGAAGGAUGUUUUGGCAGCAGGUGAUGGAGAGAGCAGUGCUGUGGCUGCAGCAGGAGCCAGUGUGCUGAAGAUGGGACGGUUUCAGGUAUCUGUGGCAGUGGACGAUGUGCUAAAAGAGGGUGACAAAGCUGAAAUGAAGCCAGUGCAAUUUGAAACCACCUCCACUGAUUCUUCAAGCCUUUCUGGCAGCAGCCCAGAGAGCACGCUGGUGAAGCAGGCUGAGAGCAGGAAGAGCGGGGCUGUGGCUGCCACCUCCUUGGAUGUGGUGGAUGGCAUUGCUGAGGCAGCUCCCAGGCUGUCUCUGCCAGGAGAUGCUGCUCAGGCCACCAAGGUCGGGCGCUUCCAGGUGACAACGACCGCCGAUCAGGUGGGGCGCUUCUCCGUGCUCAAGGCUCGGGAUGAGGUCAGCUGUGCCCAGAAAGAGCCAGUGACUCUUCCUCUCGCUGUGGGCUUGGAACAAGUUGCUGCUUCAGCUGCAGCUCCCAAGAAGGAGUUGGAGUCAAGGCAGUCCCCACACAUGAAUGGUCCAUCCUCUGAUCCGGAGGCUGCCUUUCUCAGUGGGAUGGCUAAGGAUUUGGAUGAUGGCUCAGGGAGCCCAGACUCUGUCCAGCACCUGGGAUCCAAGAUCAGCCUCCCUGUUCAGAGCCUCAGCAACUCCUUCAACUCCUCCUACAUGAGCAGUGACAAUGAGUCGGAUAUUGAAGAUGAAGACUUGAAGCUGGAGCUCCGUCGGUUACGGGAGAAGCACCUUAAAGAGAUCCAGGAGCUGCAGAGCCGCCAGAAGCAGGAGAUUGAGUCACUCUACAUGAAACUGGGAAAGGCCCCACCUGCAGUCAUUAUUCCCCCAGCUGCACCCCUUUCAGGAAGAAGGAGACGACCUACAAAAGGAAAAAGCAGCAAGUCCAGUCGUAGCAGCUCCCAGGGACAUAAAAGCCCUCAGCUAUCAGGCAACCUGUCAGCUCAAAGUGCACCAUCAGUCUUGCCCCCUCAGCAGACCCUUCAUCCUCCUGGCAGUGUGCCAGAGACAGGGCAGAACCAUUUGCUACAGCCCCUCAAACCUUCACCUUCCAGUGAAAAUCUCUACUCUGCCUUCACCAGUGAUGGUGCCCUCUCGGUACCGAGCCUUUCUGCGCCAGGCCAAGGGACCAGCAGCACCAACACAGUGGGGGCUGCAGUGAACAGCCAGGCCCCCCAGAGCCAGCCCUCGGCCAUGGCCUCCAGCCGCAAGGGCACCUUCACCGACGACCUGCACAAGCUGGUGGACAACUGGGCCCGGGACGCCAUGAACCUGUCUGGCAAGAAGGUUGGCAAAGGGCACAGCAGCUACGAGGGCCCUGGAAUGGCAAGAAAGUUCUCGGCCCCAGGUCAGCUGUGUAUCUCGAUGGCAUCUUCCCUGGGUGCUACGCCCAUCCCUGCAGCAUCAGCUACCUCUUUAGGUCCCUUCAGCAAGGCCAUGUGCCCCCCGCAGCAGUACGGUUACCCAGCAGCCUCCUUCCCCCCGCCCUGGAGUGGCCCAGGGGGGCCAGCACAGCCACAGCUCGGCCAGUUCCAGCCCGUGGGGGCCACCUCUUUGCAAAGCUUCAACAUCAGCAACUUGCAGAAGUCUGUCAGCAACCCUCCAGGCUCCAACCUGCGGACCACUUAGCCACGCUCGGAGCCCCUGCUGGCUGCGCCUGGGGACAGGACCUGGGGAGGGAGAUGGGCCUCUAUCAAUACUAGUGCUGCAAUGAACUGGUGGCUUGCCAGACUGGGAAUGAAUUUCUCUUUUCCUACCAUUGCUGUCAACUCUGUAGCGGGAGUUUCCCCACACACUCGGAAGGGGGAGGAGGAUGAUGAGCAUCCUUGUGAUGGGACAGUGCUUUUCACUGAGGGGGCUGCUCUUGUGUGCAGCGAGAGCUGCCAGGAGAAGCCCUGGGGUCAGUUCAUACAGUCUUGCUGUAAAAUUUUCCUGGAGGGAGAGCUGAACCCAGCAUGAGGCUCUAGCAUGCUUCUCACCUCUUCCUGGAGAACCAAGAUCAGGAAAAAGCUGUCCAAAUCCCCCUCCUCUCCCUCUCCCCAGUCAAUAGUAUCUGGCUCUGAAAUGAUGGGGCACACGAAUGGACUUGUGGUGCAGCCCAUGCUUGAUAGGUCAUUACUGCUUUAAGUAAGAUAUUAACAGCUUUGACUGCAGCAUUAGAGCAAUUUAAAUUGUUAAAAAAAAAUUUUAAAAGUUCCCUGCGGACAUGUACUUACCAUCAGUUUUGAUGUGGAAACACUGUGAUAUAUAAAUGUUGUUGGACAACAGUAGUUUAAAAAUGAGUGGAAUAUAGAGGGUUAAAAAAGUUAAAAAGAAAAAAACGGGAAAAAAAGCUAGCUAUAUCCUUAUACUUAUUGGAGACACUUUAACUUUUUCCUUUGUAUUUUCAUUGUAUUAGAUAAAUAAAUGUGAAUGUAAAAUUGUAUAAAUUAAUGUACUUGAAUACUUGUCUGUUCUCCCAGUAUGCUUGCUGGAUAUUUUAGUGCCUUGGACUUCUCUUGCUUCUGCAGUUUAGCGUCGUUUCCCAGCAGAGCCCAGGUGGGCAGAGGGCAAGGUGAGGGCAGGGUGUCUGUGCCCAGCGCCCGGGACGUGCAGGGGAGGGCACGAGUGCGGGUCGGAGCAGUUCUGUGUGUGGGGAAACUCGUGCAGGCGGGCAGAGCUGAAGGUGUGGGGUGACAGGGGCCAGGUGGGCUGGGACAGAGGGAUGCAGGUGAAGCUAAAACAAGACUUAACCAAUAUUGGCUCUGGAGGCAGGAGGGCUGGGUCAGGAACGGAGAGAGGAGGGGAGAACGUGUAUCUUUGGGAAAGGCCCGACUUAGGAUGCAGUUUGACUCCACCUGCAAAGUGGUAAAGAUGUUUGGUCAGGAUGUGGCUUGAGGGAGAGGUGCCAUUGCUCGUUGGCAUGGGCUUGUCUGCUGGGAUUGCUUUUCUUACCUUUUUUUUUUUUUGGUAAAAUUCAUUUAAGCCAGGAACAGACUGUCCUGGUGCAACGUCCAUUGCCGGCAAUGGAUGUACUUGAAACAGCCGGCAUCAAGAAGUUUCCUCUGUCUGUCUUGGAGGAUUUACAAUUUUGUUCACUCUUAACAAAUUUCAAGCUGGUACCAGGACUGUCACUGUCUGUCACUUGUCACCUCUUAGUACUUGUACUGUAUCUUCUGCUUUGGUCAUUCUCCCUCUUCGUAUUUAAGAAAUACUGGUUUCCUCUUCAAAGUCGAAAUAAUACCAGCCAGUAUUUAUGUAGUGCUGCAGAAAGCUGUGAAGGAUGAGGGUGCAGCUUUCCUGGUGCUUGGGAGCAGCUCACCAGCAUCCUGGAGGCUGGUGCAUCACAGGGUGUUACUUGUCCACGUUUGUUUUAAUCUCAGAGCCUGUUCCCUGCUGGGGCCUUAGCAGGGAGUUGUUGUGUCUGCAGAUGUUCUCACUCUUCCAUUUUCACCAAGAAACGAGAUGCUUUGUGCUCCUGUCCCUCGUUUUGCAGCAGUUGUGGCAGCAGGGCAGGCCCAGAGGAGAGGAGGGGCUCCAGGGGGAGCAGGAGAGCAGCGAGCUCAGGGCUGAGCCA